AUGUUCGUUUCUAGUGAAAUGGAGCAGAUCUCAUUGCCUCUAGAUAAUGUAAAAGAGAAGAUGGAGCCAAUGGAACCAAACCCAGAUUACCUUGACGGGUUCCAGUUACAAUCUGAGCUGAUCGAUUCACCACCAUUACCAAACCCCACCAUUUAUACCGAUGUCAAUGUUGUUCCUGAGCAUGAAAAGGACGAGCUUGAGCAGUCUAUAUUGAAUCUAGAAGGUGAGAUUGCAGAUUUGAAACUAAAGGAGAGAUUGUUGGACAAGAAGCGUAGAGAAGCAUUAAAUGAGAUAUUGGAUAUUAAAGGCAGUAUUAGAGCUUUUUGUCGAGUUAGACCGUUCCUAUUGUCAGACAGGAGAAGAAUUCACGAACCCGUUUCAACUGGGUUAGAGAAGGUGGUGGUUAAAUCUGUUGGAAUUAGGAAGGAGUACAGAUUCGAUAAGGUUUUUCAUCAAGCAGCCACUCAAGAAGAUGUUUUUGUUGAGGUUGAACCUAUCCUUAGAUCUGCACUUGAUGGGCACAAUGUAUGCAUACUGGCUUAUGGUCAAACUGGAACUGGCAAGACAUUUACAAUGGAUGGCACAAAUAACCAGGCUGGGAUCAUUCCUCGAGCUGUUGAAGAGCUUUUUCGUCAAGCCUCUUUGGAUAAUUCAUCUAUAACAUUUUCAAUGAGCAUGCUGGAGGUUUACAUGGGUAAUCUCAGAGAUCUACUUGCUCCAAAAGUGGCAAGUAGGACAUAUGAGGUUGCAGCGAAAUGCAAUCUAAAUAUUCAAACAGAUCCAAAGGGAAUGGUUGAAGUUGAAGGUCUGACCCAGGUCCAAAUACCUGAUUCUGCGAAGGCAAAAUGGUGGUAUGCUAAGGGCAGGAGGGCUAGAUCUACUUCGUGGACUAAUGUCAAUGAGAUAUCAAGCAGGUCACACUGCUUAAUGAGGAUCACCAUUUCUCGGCAUGGAGAUGAUUCGAAAGCUAAAGCACACGUGAGCAAACUGUGGAUGGUUGAUCUCGGAGGAAGUGAGCGAUUGUUGAAGACUGGGGCCACUGGACAGACACUCGAUGAGGGAAGGGCCAUAAAUCUGUCUCUUUCUGCUUUGGGUGAUGUUAUUGCCGCUCUAAGAAGGAGGAGAGGCCAUGUGCCUUACAGAAACAGCAAGUUAACUCAAAUCCUCAAAGAUUCCUUAGGUGAUAGUUCAAAGGUAUUAAUGCUUGUCCAUAUAAGCCCAUGGGAAGAAGAUGUUGGAGAGACAAUCUGUUCUUUAAGCUUUGCAAAUAGAGCCAGAGCAAUAGAGACCUAUCGAGAUCUAACAGAGGAUAUAAACAAGCAAAGGCAGAAAAGGAUUUUGGAACUGGAAGUGGACAUGAGAGAAGCUGAAGAAGAAUGCCAGAAAGUUAGGUAUCAAAUACAGAAGGCCGAGCUCCUAUUGAGCGAAAACAGAGAGCUUUCCUCAACUGCUUACCAAGUUCCUGAUGACAAGGAGAAUACACCUGUCAAUCCCGAAGAAGGCUAUGGGGAAGUCCAUAUUACACCUCGAGUUACUGACAAAGGAACUAGGAGAAAUAUGACAAGUUCUUUCCCACGAUUCAUGACUUCUACUGUGGCGAGUCGACAAAGGCAAAGUGCUUCAGAAAAAGUAGUUGUUGGACGGGCAAGAAGUUUGAGAUCCACAACAAGAAGUUCAUUACAAUUUUCAGCUUCUCAGUCCCUCAGUUAUUCAGAACUUCGUCUCGGAGCAAUUUUAAAGGAGUCAAAUAGAAAGUCAAGAUAUGGAGAGACAAAACCUCUCCUCCCAAAGAAUCCCAAUUGCAAUGGCUCUGAUACGAAGACAACCCUCUUUCCUCGAAGCAAGUUAGUUAAUUCAUCAGAUCCAAACUUGAGAAAUACUCUUUCUCGUCACAGAAGAAGGAUGUCUGAUCUAGUCUAA